GUGAGUCUUACCCUGCGAUCGAUUACAUAGCACAGCACAUACAUACACAGCUUUUCAAGUUCACCCGUUCGUCUAGCAUUUUUGUCCCAAAUUUAGUGCUGCUGCCAUGCUUUUCGAUUUGUGACCUGAGCAAACACAAAAAUGGUGCUGGGCGACGACAUCGAGGAGCAGAAGUCUGACUCAGACCCAGCGCCGCAGCAGUCGGAGAACAGCGCCGUCGAAGGCGAUUCGGCGCCGCCGGACGACGUGCAAGAUGUGAGCUCGGCCGACUCGCAGCCGGAGCCGCCAAAUUCGCCGAUCCAGGGUGCGUGUCCGCCGCCGCCGUCCGCCGAGCCGUGCACCACUUCGGAGCAGGAGGCGCGCAACGCCGCUGCCAGCCCUUUUCCGGACUCGUCGGCCGCCACUCAGCUUAUCCACUCGUGCACCGAAUUGGAGUCAGACGAGGACGCCGACGAGCUCGAGCACGACAACGUCGACCCCUGCACCCCCACUGAACAUGAUGAAAAUGAGGACGAGUACUCGUCUCCGGUUGCGCUGAAGGCAUCUGCACCUCACAGUCCGCCUUCCACGUCUUCCACCAGCAAAGACCACACGGAGACAGUGCUACCGUGGGGCGCGCACAAGGAGCGAUCGCCUUACCCGUCCAGCGUACACAUCGACAUGGACAUCCGACCUGGAGAAUAUGUUAUGCGUACUCUCUUUGCAGAGUUCACCGUGCAAGCUGAACGCAAAAUCGAGGUUGUCAUGGCAGAGCCGCAGGAGAAACCUCUGUCCAAGUCAUUGCAAAGAGGCGAAGACGCGCCAUUUGACCAGCUACUUGGCUCUUUUGGCUCGGUCGCCGAGCACUGCUUGCCAUCUCUACUCAAGACCCUUUUUGCGUGGUAUGAGCGGCAGAUCAGCAGCAACUCAGGCACCACCUCGCCUGCCUCAUCGGCCGCCUCGCCUGAGCAGAAGCGAGUGUCCACUGAAAGCAAGGGCAAGGCCAACGACCUGUCAAGUGCCGCUGAAGGCGAUGUCGCCACUGAAAAACGCGAUUUGGCUGUUGAGUUCCUCUUCUGCCUCGUCCUCAUUGAAAUCCUCAAGCAGCUGCCCUUCCACCCUGGGCAGGAGGACCUCGUCACCUCAAUCGAGAACCUUGCUUUCAGGCACUUCAAAUAUAGAGAAAGCGUACAAAGCAGCCCAAAUGCAGACAAUAUCCAUAUCAUGGCUGACCUCUACGCGGAAGUCAUUGGAGUUUUAGCUCAGUCCCGAUUCAUGUCGGUCCGAGCACGGUUCAUGACGGAACUGAACGCCCUGAGGAGUAGGGAGCCGAGUCAAGCCACAACGCAGUCAGUAAUUUCUCUUCUCAUGGGAAUGAAGUUCUUCCGCGUAAAAAUGGUGCCUAUUGAAGAAUUUGAGGCCUCUUUCCAGUUCAUGCAGGAGUGCGCGCAGUACUUCCUGGAAGUCAAAGACAAAGAUAUCAAACACGCGCUCGCUGGUCUCUUUGUCGAAAUUCUCAUUCCUGUUGCCGCUUCCGUCAAAAACGAAGUGAACGUUCCCUGUUUGAAAAACUUCGUUGACAUGCUGUACCCGCAAACGCUGGACAUGUGCACCAAGAACAAGCACCGCCUGGCCAUCUUUCCGCUGGUCACGUGUCUCCUCUGCGUCAGCCAGAAAACAUUCUUUUUGCAGUACUGGCACUACUUCCUGGCCAUGUGUUUGUCUCACCUGAAAAACAGAGAUCCCAAGAUGAGCAGAGUUGCCCUGGAAUCUCUGUACCGCUUGCUUUGGGUCUACAUGAUCAGGAUUAAGUGCGAAAGCAACUCUGCGACACAGUCUCGCCUGCAGAGCAUCGUCAACUCUCUUUUCCCCAAGGGUUCAAAGGCCGUCAUGCCAAGAGACACUCCGCUAAAUAUUUUUGUGAAGAUCAUUCAAUUCAUUGCACAGGAGCGUCUGGAUUUCGCCAUGAAGGACAUCGUGUUUGAGCUGUUGUCUGUCGGUCGAUCCAUCAAGGUCAUCAUGACCCCUGAGAGAAUGAGUAUUGGACUGAGGGCCUUCCUAGUGGUCACGGAUUCACUUCAGCAGAAAGAAGGGGAGCCUCCCAUGCCGAGGACUGUUGGCGUUUUGCCAUCUGGUAGCACCCUCCGGGUGAAGAAAACAUACCUGAACAAGAUGCUGACUGAGGACACUGCCAGGAGCAUCGGCAUGUCUAACUACUUUUCUUACGUCCGUCGCACCUUUGACGACAUUCUGCGAGCGUUGGAUUCCCAGUUUGGUAGGCCCCUCAUGAUGACCAAUACACAAAACGUCAACAAGGAACCAGAUGAGUUGAUUUCGGGGGAGCGGAAGCCGCGAAUCGACUUGUUCCGCACAUGUGUUGCCGCCAUUCCUCGACUCAUUCCCGACGGCAUGACUGGACCUGAGUUGGUCGACCUGCUCUCGCGGCUCACAGUGCACAUGGAUGAGGAGCUGCGCGGCCUCGCCUACCAGAGCUUGCAGACGCUGGUCAUGGACUUCCCUGACUGGCGCGACGACGUCAUCCGCGGCUUCACGCAGUUCAUCGUGCGCGACAUUCCGGACACGUCUCCUCAACUGGUUGAUCAAGGACUGCGCAUUCUCUUGCAGCUGCUGACUAAUUGGAAGAACGCGCCACCUGGCGCACCGAAAAGUCUUGAUCCGCACAGAAACAACUCGUUCAUCACUCAUGGACCAUCGUACAAGUCUGAACCAGCAUGGGCAGUGACUCACGUGGUGGAAGGUUUCGCUUUGGUCAUGUUGUGCCAUUGUCGACUGUCAGUCAGGAGGCUGGCCGUGCACAUACUGAAAGAGGCUAAGGCGCUGCUCCAUAUUCUCAACACAGCAAACUGCAGCUCUCCAAAUCCGCCAGUGAUUGACGUGAUAGACAAAUGCUGCGCGCAAGUGCUUGAGCGCUGCUACCAUCUUUUGUCCCCAGCAGAAAAGGCAGCAGCGAUGUCUACAUCUCAUAUAGACCUGCAGUGGAUUGCAGACAGAAAUUCUUCUGUCUGGACGGCAGGCUACACGGAUGAAAACUGCACUGCCUCACGAAGUUCAUCUUGCCUGAACCUGAGUGGCGUGGACCCGUGGAGCGCGUGUUUGUUUGGCCUACUGGAGGAGGGCAGGGUGGUUACUCAGUGUCCGGCUGCCACUAAAUAUUCCUGGCCUGUGGUGUUCGCCCGGCUCAACACGCUCUUCACAGUUGUUGACCCAACACCUGUGAGCGAUAACAGGGCCUCUCUGUUGAGGAGCUCUGCACCUCCCAAAAGACCAGCAAACGACAAAGAUGUGCACUUGUGGCGGAACUACGUCAGUUUCUCCUUCAGGGUGGUACCUACGGUCCCGAGUCCUGUCGUUAGAUGUGCGUCUCCAGAUCUUAGCCUCAGCACCAGUCCCGACAGCUUGCUGGACCGCAUCGAAAGCAAGUCCCCUGGAACUAGUAUUAUGGCUGGUAUGGUGAACGUCACAGGUGGCAGCCUGGCCAGCGGUGUUCUCGGCUCGAGCUUUUCAUCCUUCUCGUCGAACGCCUCAUCAUCUUCAACCUCCUCUACAUCGAGUCUGCACGCAUCCCCAGGAGCCUUGUACAAAUUGGUUGUGCCGCUUCUCAGGUGCGAGUCGACUGACAUCAGAGAUGCUGUCGUCCAGGCCAUCGGCAGGGUCAACCCAGAGGCUCUCAAAGAUUUGAUGGAGGAGCUUGUCCCGUAUGUGAGGGAAGCAGUGGACAGGAAACAAGAAAAUAUGAGGCGCAGAAGGAGAAGAGAUGCCCUCAGGCUGCAGUUGGUGAAGGUUUUUGAACUGGUGGCGGAACAUGGUACUUUCGGAAUUAGUCAAUGCGUUUUGGAUCGAGAUUCGCAAAGCUUGCAUCCAACCUUUGUUGAAUACGUGGAGGGCGCGAGACAGUACCUUGAAAGUGAACCUGACAAGGACUCUUCUGUCGUGAAGGAAGUCAAACUCCACUUCUGCGACUUCCUUCGCAAGAUGCUAAAGAGUUUUUCAAUGGAGUCAAGGAGGACCUUGCUGAAACGGGACCUGCACAAGAAAUUGUUUUGGUUACUCAACGGAUGGACCACCAAAUACAUGGUGAACAACACCGCAAACGCGAGUGGCAAAAAAUGCUGUGAUUUGAGUUAUUCUGCCAACCAAGUGCAGGAUGAAGUGUGUUCGGAACUCGAGUUUGCUGCCCUGCAGGCAAUGUCCGCACUGCUUUCAUGUGGGCCUUGCUUCACCAACCAAGGCCUCUGCUAUGAAGGCAUUUUUUACCCUUGGUUGGACACAAUGCUGGACAGCUCAGAUGAGAAGGUUUCAGAGCUGGCGCGAGACACUGCAGUCCUUUUGCUUGAAUGCAAUCCUGAUGUUGGCUCUCUGCUUGACUGGGCCAUUGAUCGAUGCUACACUGGCAGUCAAGCUGUGGCAGACGGUUGCUUCCUUUCCCUUGCUGCCAUUUUUAGCGCAAGAGAGUACCCAUGUGAUAGUUACGUUGCUGUCAUCAAUGUAACCCUGAUGGCCACUGGCUGUCCAAGACCAGAAGUUCAUGAGGCAGCCCUUCAACUGCUGCAGGUUUUGGACAAGCGAUUCUUUGGGGCUGUCCUCCCCCUUGCUACUGACGGCACAGUUUGUGGCCGUGGCCGAGAAACUUUGGAUUUGCUGCUUUCCAACACCUACUGUCGCUCUCAGCAAUAUCUCUCAAGACAGCUUUCGCAACUCCAUCCUCAGCUCACCAUGCCCAUGUUUUCUGAGGUGUCCCAUCGCCUUCAGACCGCGCGGCCAGAGGUGCGGCAACUUUUGCUGCAAUACCUGCUGCCUUGGCUGUACAACAUGGAGCUGAUUGAUCCCAACGUGCCACCAGGAAAUCCCCUUUCUUACUUCCAAUGCUACAGUUCUGAGGGUCGAGGAAAUUGUAGCAAUGGGAGACGAGAAGGCUGGGGCUCCGCUGAGGCCACUGAGAUGAUUCUUAACAAUGUCUUCUACAUCACUGCAAAGUUUGCUGACAAUCACCCCAAGGAAGUUGAGGCCCUGUGGGCUGCACUGUGUACCUGUUGGCCUAACAACCUCAAAGUCAUCCUCAGAUACUUGCUGAUCGUGUCGGGCAUGUCCCCAGAAAAAUUGCUGCCUUAUGCAAAAAGGGUAGCGGUUUAUGUGGCGCGAGCGCGUCCGGAAAAGCUGCUGGACGAGGUGACAGGCGAACUGCAGGCCGUAGAGACCCUGAACUGCCUGAUUGAGAGAACUGAGACACCUCCUUUCUACAGGCUGACCGCCAUGCGCAAGGCCUCCUCGCACUCCGACGGCCCUGGUGGCGUCAGUGGCAAUCAGGGUGAUGUCGGGGGCGCAGGAGGGCUCCGGGUGGAUAUGGCCAUUGAAAAGGGAACCAUCCAUACCAAGCGACACAGCGGCGAAGAACACAUCAAAACUGGGACUUCCAAGUCGGACUCUGCCCUGAAGGCAAUGGCGGGCUUUGGACCGCAAUGCCGAGCGGAAAAGGUCCGUACUGUCAGUGGUCCUGCUGUGGCCCCAAUGCUGACGCAGACUGAUGAAGGCGUCAUUUCUCCUUCCAUUGACGUUGAGGCCACAGAUGGAAACGAGGCAAACAACCCGAGCAAUUUUGAAUCAGCUUCAAUGCCGUAUCCUCUUCCAAUGCCGGAAUUCGGAGGCUACUUUGCUCCUCUCACUGAGUUCUUGCCUGACAUUUCUCAACCAAUCAGUGGCUUCCACAGGUGCAAUUUGGCGGUGAUGCUGCUGGCUGAUGUGGUGAUCGAUGGAGUGGACGUCGAUUGGUCGAUCCAUGUGCCACUAAUGCUGCACAUGGCCUUCCUGGGGCUAGACCACACUAGGCCGCUGGUGCACGAGCACUGCCGCCGUCUGCUAUUGAACCUGCUGCUUGUGCUUGCCGACCACAAUGACAGCUUCACCGUCGCUCGCACACUGCUUAACUGCAAAACAGCCUCCCUCGGGCUCGGACUUCCUACUCCCUCUUUGCCCGUUAUCAAACAUAACUUCACUGAAUCCGAUGUUGAAUUUGACAUCUAUCUGCAAGGAAACGGUGCUCAAUUGGCGACUCCUGGGGCUGUUUCUCUCACUUCAUCAGGUUUGUUCCAGUUUGAAACGACAUACUCUUUAAAAUUAAUUAAUUUCCAUAACUUAGACGGGGGUUCAGUGACUCCUCCUCCUGUGAUCGUCACAACUGAAGAAAAUUCCGUGUGGAAAGCGAACACUAGCAGUAUCACAACGCCUGACAUUGUCAAAUCCCUAAUUUACUUCCUUUCCUCAAGGGGAACCCAGCCUUUGUGGGGAUACGAGGAUAUCACGGCCAAAGUUUGGUCAAUCCACAGCGCCGAGCAAAUGGACGUUUUCAUGCAGUACAUUCUGCGCGUGUUCCGCGAAUCUCUGCCUCACGCGCUGAUCAGCGAGCGCUGGGCCCAAACUGCGCUGCAGCUCGGCCUCUCUUGCUCCUCCAGGCACUACGCUGGUCGUUCACUGCAGAUCUAUCGCUCACUGCGUGUUCCAAUUACCUCUCGCAUGCUGUCAGACAUUUUGUCUCGAUUGGUGGAAACCGUGGCAGAGCAAGGUGAAGACAUGCAGGGCUACGUUACCGAAUUGCUGCUGACCCUGGAAGCGGCCGUCGACUCUCUCGAGUCUGACUUCCGCUCGCUUGACCUGAUGAAAGAGAUAUUCAAGUCAACCCCAAAUCUAAACAACAAAGACCAACUUAGCUCAGUGGCCAGCUCGCUGAGCAGCAAACGCAACGCGCAGACUGUUGGAGUGGCACAAGGAGCCACGAUAGCGGCGGCCACCAGUGGCCAGGUGAGCGCCUACCCUGCCAUCGCUAACAUCGCUCCCCAUAUCACGCAGCUUGGACACGGACGCAGCACCAGCUACUCAGUGUCGUAUGGGCUGCGCAAGACGUCAGGAUCACCGGCAUCUGAAACCAAGGGUCGAGGUGCAUCUGAUGAAGUCGUCGGCCGCAGCGUGAUCGCGAGUGGUCCGUGUGCAAGCAAAAUCUUCUCUAGCAACCUGUCACGAUCACGCUCUGCGCAAUCGUUGAAGCUACUGGGAGACCAAGCGAGUCAGGACGACAAGCUGACCAUCUUGGCGCAGCUAUUCUGGCUCGCCGUCUCGCUACUCGAGUCCGACUUUGAGCACGAGUUUUUGCUGGCGUUACGACUACUCAACAGAGUGCUGCACAGACUGCCUUUGGACAGGCCAGACUGCAGAGACAAGGUGGAAAAACUGCAGCAGCAGCUGAAGUGGAAUGGUGGAUUCCCAGGCGUGCACUCACUGCUGCUCAAAGGCUGCACGAACCCCUCGACGUAUGAGCCGACCAUUGAGCUACUCAGUAGAUUUACCCUUCUCCUCGAUCUUCCUGUCGUGGAUCCGUCGCAGUCUUUAGCCUUCCCUCUUAACGUUAUGGCACUGCUUCCCUACCUGCUGCACCACUACGAAGACGCAAACCAGCUGUGCGUGCAGAGCGCAGAAAACAUUGCUCAGGUGAGCGCUGAAAAAAGUAAGAAGCUGGAGAAUUUGGGCACCGUCAUGUCGCUGUACAGCAGACGUACAUUCAGCAAGGAGAGUUUCCAGUGGACCAAAUGUGUUGUGAAAUACCUCUACGACACUUACGCGCACUUUGGCCUCACAAUGUUGGCAUUCCUAGUUGAGGUUUUGGAAAAGGGGCCGGCGAUGGUGCAGCUACCCAUUCUCAACAUCAUUCACUGCAUGCUGCACUAUGUCGACCUCAACUCUUCCUCCUCUCGCCCUAUCAACAGCGACCUGCUUCGCGUCAUCGCCAAGUACAUUGAGGGGCCGCACUGGAGGGAGUCGCUGAAGAUCCUGAAGCUAGUGGUGACCAGAUCCUCCACCUUGGUCGCUCCUCCGCUUACAGUACACCCGACUUACUGGGAAAAUAGCAAUUCAGGGGUCAUUCCCCACCCUUCUUUUGCUGACAGCGAAGUCUUCAUGAAAAAGGAGCUUCCAGGUCGUACGAUGGACUUCACUUACGACCUAUCCCAAACACCUGUGAUUGGCCGGAGAUACACAGAGCCGGCAGGCAGAGAAAAGACAGCAGUGUCUCAGACCCACAGCAAUCCUCACAACGCGUCAUCGCCAAGAAGAUCAGUGUCACUCUCUCCCGCGGACAGCGGAAACAUUGCUGGGUGGAAGAGGCCGUGGCUAUGUCAGAGCCGCGUUCGUGAGUGUCUGGUCAACCUGCUGACGACGUGCGGCCAAAGGGUUGGCCUGCCAAAGAGCCCAUCGUUGGUUUUUUUAUCGAGCGCGCUCCGGCGGAUUCCCGUGCAACGAGUGAUCUUCAGCCAGAGCUCUGAUCUAAUGGAGCGCCAGUCAAGUAUGGCUUCAUCCACCGAGGAGGUGUCCGCUCCCAACAAUGACCUAUCCGGCGGAUCACGCAGGGAUGACGCCGCCGACCAGUUUGGGGUCUUCAAGGACUUUGACUUCCUCGAGUAUGAGAGCGAAAGCGUUGAGGGUGAGAGCACGGACAACUUCAACUGGGGAGUACGUCGUCGGCCGCUCAGCGACGGUGGCACUGACGUCGACCUCAGCUCUCAGCCAGUCAGCGAAAAUCUCGUCACAGAACGAGAGACUACCCCUGUGUUGCCGCACCACCGCCGUGUCGGUGGGCACGACGAGUCUUCGGACGACGAGGUUGGCUCCGAGUCGCCGCUGGAUGAGGUCGGCCUUCCGCAGGACUACACCGGAGCAGGCAGCACGGCUGGGUCGGCGGCAGGUGCCAGCGGGGUCUUCCCACCUUCCUCGCUUAGCAUCAGGGAGAGGACUAGACACGAUUCGGGCACAAGAUCAGACACUUCUGGUUCAAGUGCUGGUGACCUAGGCGACGUGACUCCAUGCAACGCGUCACCAAGCAUUCCUGCUUUUCGAGCGUACACCCGAGGCGACGCUGAGGAAGUGUGGCGCCGACACAUGCAAGGCCUACUCAUGCUAGUUCCGACAGCACCGCCAUUGCGGCUCUUCCAGCUCCUCAGGAGGCUCGCACGCGAUGUCUGCAUCAAGGCCACAGGAAUGACUUGGGACGUGGGUCGCCUUCUGUCAGCUCCAUGCCCUGCACUGUGCACGCCGGUCGGACAGAUUGCAGAGCUGCUGGCGAGCGGCAAGGCUGAGCCGCCGUUGGUGUGGUUCAGCUACGAGGUGCUCUCCCCCGCAGGAACCCGCUUCACAGACCAACUCAGGUUCGGCGCCCUGGAGGUGCAGGAGCACCUGGAGACUUUCCUCGACAGACGCGACGCAGCCAUCGAGAGCAUGAACUCUGUUCGCUCAUCAAUGAAGAUGCAGCUGGGCAACGAGCCCUCUGGCGUCACCGACGUGCCGACCUCAGUGCUGGUUGAGGCCGGCCGCUCUCUAUACAAACUUCUCUUCCAGUUAGUCCUGCUGCUGGAGGCUACACACAAAAUGGUCAAUGCGCUUUCCACCACGGCAAAGGCCUGCCAGCUGACGGACGUUUCAAACGAGGUGUCUUCGCUGGAGAGCCACCUGGUAGGUGCGCUUGACGACGGAGUGGGCCUUGUGGCGUCUGGAAACUGGAGCAGUAGUGGUGGCGCCGAUUCGUCCGGCACCCCCACUCCAACCCCCAGUCCCGCGCACAGCAUCGUCGCUGGCUCAGGCGGUAGCAAGGACGAGGCGGCCGCUGACGGCGAGGCAGGACACAUCAUCGACCUGCUGAAAGAAGGAAAGUGGAAUGCCGCCCUCGGCUCCUCUCGCAGGUUCAGAACAUCUCUACUGGGAACUGAUGCUGUUUUGGCACAGUAUGAAGACGAUAUUACCACAAUUCUACACGUUUAUUGCAGACAUUUGGCUAAGGAUAGACCUGACAUAUUUGUGAUCACUCGUUCGCCACGGGAGGGCAGCGAUGCCAUUUCCCGCUUGCUGGAGGCUCUGUUCCAAAUGCUAGCCGUGCUAGGUACCCUGGAGCCCACCACAGCCCCAAGGAGUCCUGCGCCCACGAGGGCCCAGCUCGACUCCCUGCUGCAGCGCACCGACUGUUGAGCUCCCAAAAGUCUGCGUUAUCUCACUAUGUUAGCAUUUUAAUUUUUUAAUCUCCUCUGUGCAUAUUAUAUGUUCAUGAUCCAGACGGAAAUAAACGUUGUGGUGUAGUAACAAAA